CAUCAGUCGGAAUAGAGGCGGGAACUUCCGGUCUGCCUUGCCUCUGGUUGACUGAGGAAGUCUCUCCUCGGUCCGUGCUCUGUGCUGGGACCCUGCUUCCCACAGCUGUGAGAAGAGCGUGGAUGAGGUCAGAAUCCGCGCUAUGGAACAAUCAUGUUUCGGGACAAAAUAAGAAGGAAGUUGGUCUGCCAUCUUCAAAGUCCUCAGGUCCCUCGAGCCUGGGAACUUGAAUUUAAUUUCACCUUACGAUCAAAAUGGAGGCUGAAAACAAAAUGGCAGUAAUCAGGAGAAGUGUCAUUUGUUUGACCCUAACACCAGGCCCUGCCUGCUGACAGCAAAGGCAGGAAGAAGACAUCCAGAGAUCACGCCCACCACAUGGCCUGCCCGUAGCGUGAUCCACUGUGAUGGACACAUAUGAGGUAGAGAGAUUCGAGAAAAGAGAAGCAGGCACUUUGAGCACUGUGAAGAAAAGUGGAUCUGCAUCUGCAAAGCUGGAUAGGAACAGCCUUCUGCUGCAGUGACCUAUGAGGAUGUGCACGUGAACUUCACCCAUGAAGAGUGGGCUUUGCUGGAUCCUUUCCAAAAGAGUCUCUACAAAGAUGUGAUGCUGGAGACCUACUGGAACCUCACUGCUAUAGGAUACAAAUUGGAAGACGAGGAACACUCUCAAUGCUCUAGAAGAUAUGGAAGACAUAAUAUCUGUCACUCUGGAUGUAAACCUUGUGAACGUAAAGGAUAUGGAAAGAAGCAAUGUACCUUUGCAAGUAAAAGAUUUCUUCAAAUAUAUGAAAGAAUCCAUACUGAAGGGAAACCCUAUGAAUGUAAACAAUGCAGUCAAAUCUUUGCAAAUUUAUGUCAUCUUCAAAAACAUGAAAAAAAACAUACCAGAGAAAAACUAUAUGAAUGUAAUCACUGUGGUAAAGCCUUUCCAAGUCGCAGUUCUCUUCAAAUACACAACAGAACUCAUACGGGAGAGAAACCCUAUAAUUGCAACCAAUGUGGUAAAGCAUUUGCAUGUAGCAGUAAUCUUCUACAACACAAAAGAACUCAUACAGGAGAGAAACCCUAUGAUUGUAAGGACUGUGGUAAAGCAUUUUCAAGUAGCAGUAAUCUUCAAAUUCAUAGAAGAAAACACACUGGAGAGAAACCCUAUGGAUGUAAUCAAUGUGGUAAAGCCUUUGCAUAUAGCAGUGCUCUUCAAAAACAUGAAAGAAGUCAUGCUAGAGAGAAAAUCUAUGAGUGUAAUCAUUGUGGUAAAGCUUUUGCACAUCAUGGAAAUCUUCAAAAUCGUGAAGAACAUCAUACUCUUGUAAAACCAUAUGAAUGUAGUCAAUGUGGUAAAGCCUUUACAUAUAGCAGUAAUCUUUAUAUUCAUGAAAGAAGUAAUACUGGAGAAAAGCCAUUCAAAUGUCCUCAAUGUGGUAAAGCCUUUCCAAAUCACAGUUCUCUUCUAAUACAUGAAAGAACUCAUACAGGAGAAAAACCCUAUGACUGUAAUGAAUGUGGUAAAGCCUUUUCAAGUCGCAGUAACCUUCAAGAACACAAACGAACUCAUACAGGAGAAAAACCCUAUCGUUGCAUUAAAUGUGGUACAGCAUUUGCAUAUAGUAGUAGUCUUCAAAAACAUGAAAAAACUCACACUGGAGAGAAACCUUAUGAGUGUAAUCAAUGCAGUAAAGCCUUUACACGUCGUGCUAGUCUUCAAGUACAUGAAAGAAGUCAUAGUGGAGAGAAACCUUAUGAGUGUAAUCAGUGUGGUAAAGCCUUCGCAAGUCGUAGUAGACUUCGAUAUCAUAGAAAACACCAUACUGUUAAGAAACCAAAUUAAUCAGUGUAGUAAAGCCUUUCCAUGUUGAAGUCAUCUUCAAACACAUGAAAGGAAUCAUACUGGAAAGAAACUAUGAGCGUAAUCAAUGUGGACAAGGCUUUAUAUGUCACUGUAGUCUUCUUAAUCACAAAACCAAUGUCAUAUGGAGAGGAACCCUACAAAUGUAAUUGAUGCAGUAAGCUUUGGCAUGUAAGUAUAAUAUUCAGACAUAUCAAAAAACUCAUACUGGAGAGAAACCUUGUGAAUGUUUUCAAGUGAUAAUGCCUCUGCAUGUUAUGGUCUUCAAAGGCAUGAGAGAAUUCCUACUGGUUAGAAACACCCUGAAUCCAAUAAAUCCAGUAAGCCUUAUGCAUACACAUACAUACAUGCUAUGGCCCAAAGAGGCACUGUGCACUGAUGGUUGGUAGUUGAAUGCUAUUGCUCAAAGAAACAACAAAUCCGAUAUCCUGAUCGCAAGAUCCACUUUGUCUCAAGGUACUCAGGACUCCUACUCAGCAGGUAGUAGUCUAAUGAUAACAUUGCUUCCUUUACCCUAUAUCCUUUUUCUCUUUCAGAUUUAGUUUUAGGAAGUUGAAAGGGAAGAAGAAGAGGGAUGGAGAAGGGUAGAAGAAGUAACCCACUAAGUACAAUUGGCACUCAGACAUGGAGCUAGGCAGAUUGAGAAAUUUUAUUUCAAGUGCCCUGGAGGAAACAGCUGAGAAUAAAGGAAAGGAUUUUUGUUUCAAGACACCAGUAAAACAGUUUUUGUGGGUUCUUACCUUGGGAUAUUUCUGUACCUGUUUCCAGGGAGGAUCUUGUGUGUUUGUUUUGUUUUAGUUUUUGUUGUUGUUCUGGUUUUUUGUAUUUAUUUUUUGUUUUUUUCUUUUUCUUCUCCCCAUAUCCUGUGUCAGAAACGGUAGGGAGAAUGGCUCAGCAGUUGGAAAAAUUGGGACUGAAAAUGGAGGGACUGAAAAACAAAAAUGGCAGAGAUGAGAAAACAAAAAGGUUCACUCUGCUUUUUCUUUUUUGAAAGGUUUACUGAUUGUCAGGGCAACUGGAAAAAUUGCGGAUGGAGGUUGCAGAACUUGGGAAACUACACGCAUUGGAAAAGGGAGAACAAAAAGCCUCAGUCCAAGUGACUACACAAGACAGCAGGACUUUCUGACAGGAAUAAAAUGGGAAAGAAACUGCUCUGGAGGGUCCUCAGGUCAGAGAAAAGCUGAAAAGAAAGGAUGGCAGUCUGAUGAAACAGCUGAUUUCAAGAGAAAAAGUUAAUCUCAAAAGAGUUGUGCUACCAGAGUGGGAGGCAGGGCAUCCUGGAGUUGCAAAAUCACUAUCAUCUUUCCCAGUAGUCAUGUAGCAUAUGCCUUCUAAUAGGGUGAUAAAAAGUUAUGACAAGGUAGGAUAGAGUCCUGUUGAUGUCCUCAUCUUAUGUCAAACAAAUUCUAAAUGACUAGUCUACUAAAAAUAGAAAUAUACCUUUGCACAUGCUGAAAGGAAGGACCCAUGAAUAUCAAAAAGUGAAAUAGUGUAAGGGGAGUGAAUAUAGUAAAAGACCAAUUGCUAGGCAAAGGGCGGUACUCUGACAUACAGGAACAAAAGCAAUUCAAUUCUGUUACUAUAGAACAAUGUUGCUUACUGGCUUUAAGACCUUUGGACAAAAUGAUAUAAGAUAAUGAUAUAAGAUCCACCUCGUUCACUGAUUUUUUUUUAAAACAAAUAUUAGUCUCAGCUGUAAAGAAGGCUGUAUCAGAUCCUGAUGUAAGACAGGUGUUGAUAGAGACCUUGGCAGAGGAAAAUGCAAAUACAGAAUGUAAAGAAGGUAUUACACCAUCAAAGGCUUGGAAAGCACACAUGGAUGAGUGGAUAAAGGAUACAACCAAUAUUGGUUCUAACUUGUAUCAUGUUCAUAGCAUAGAUAAAACUAUAGCUAGAAGUCUCUAAUAUCAAAAUGCAUCAAUUGCUUGAAAUAUACUCAUUUGAAGAGAUAGUGACCAAGCCAUUAAAGAUCCCAGAUUACAAAAUGGCAGUGUGUUAAAUGCAAGAAAUAUGGUACUUGGCAAUAAAAAAGUAAACAAGGCAUCUUUAAACGUAAUGGUUUUUCUAAAUAUACACUAGAAAAACAUCCUAGUCAUCGAAGUAUGUACAGGGAAUGUGGCAGUAGUUUACAUUGGACCAAUGCAAGCUUCUGCAGGCUGUGCUGCUCUAUACCUGACCAUAGAUAAACAUCUUACUGUACCCACCAAAACUCAAUGUUAUGAAAUAUAUACUGGAGUUUAUGGUCUUUUGCCUGCCAGGACAGUAGGAAUGAUCUUGGAAAUAUGCAGAUUGACCUCUCAAGGAUUCACUGUUUAUCCAGAAAUUAAAGAUGAAGAUUUCAAAAAAGAAAUUAAAAUUAUAGCCUAUGUGAAAACAGAGAUAGCAUUUAAUGCAGGUGGUAGGAAUUGCUGAGCUUCUACUGUUUCCCUACAUCAAAGCCAAAAUGGGUCAAGUAAAAACAGGAGGGUUUGGAAGUACUAGAAAACAUGUUCUGGGAAAGUGUUAUUAAUGAUCAGAGGCCAAAAUUAAAAUUGCAAGUAAAUGGUAUUGAAAUAGUAGGUUUGGUGGAUACAGGGACUGAUAUAACUAUUAUUUAUCAAAAAUCCUGCAUUCAGGAUGGCCACUUCCAAAGGUUUAUUCACAGUUUCUAGGAACUGGAAAGAUAUAUGAGACAAAGUGUACUAUAGGUCAAAUGUGUGAGACUGGAAUGUCAACAAGGAAAGUUAAAGUCUUAUGUGGCUGACAUACCCAUAUGCUUAUUAAAAAGGGAAUUUUUACAACAGUGGACUCAGAUUAAUAUUCCCAAAAUCCCAUGAUGAAAUUAAGGCUGAACUGGUACAUGCUCCUGGGAAAGGUAUUGCUAUGCAUCAUCAAAAAUAAUUCAAGGUUGUGCCAAUUGUCCAAACAUAAGACAUCACAAGGAUUGAGUUUCCUAAUUUAUAAGGGAGGCCAACACUGAAUUACCAUUGGACCUACCCUUAAAAUGGUUGAUUAAUAUGCCUGUAUGGAUAGAUCAGUGGCUUAUAACAAAGGAAAAAUUAUACACACUUGAGUAGCUGGUACAAGAGCAGCACUAUGGGCAACAUACAGAAGUGUCUACUAGCCCAUUUAAUUUUUCUGUGGUUUUUAUAAAAAAGAAAUAAGGAAAAAGGAGAAUGUUAAUACAUUUAAGACUGGUGAAUAGAAUAAUUCAACUAAUCUGCCCCUUAAAGCCUGGAAUUUCUUUACUUUUUUAUUCCCUAAGCCAUGGCCGAAGAUAGUACUUUAUUUAAGAGUUUGUUUUUUAACUAGCUCCUUGAAUGAGCAGAAUAGGAAAAGGCUUGCCUUCACAGUACCUAAUUAUGAUAAUGAUCACCCAAUAAAAAGGUGAUCAUUAUGGAAAGUUCCAUAAGGAAUAUUAAGUUGUCUAACUUAUGUCAAUAUUUUGUCAAACAACCACAAGAAAUAAUUUGUAGGCAAUUUCCUCAAACCAUUGUUUGUCAUUACAUGGAUAUUUUGUUGUCAGAUUCUGAAGAAAUAUUUUAGAGAAAGAGUUAAAUGAAACAAACAAUUCUGCCAUUCUGGGUUAGAGAUUGCUCACCCCCCCCCCCAAAAAAAAAAAAACCUACAGUGAGGAAAUUCUUUUAACUCUGUGGGUAUAAAAUAAGUCAACAGAAAAUUCAACCACAAAAGAUACAGAUCACCUGCAAAGUCUUUGGUUUUCAUAUACUAAUGGUAGAUAAUAAUUUGCUACCAGGUAACAUUGAAUUAACUACUCAGGAGUGGAUUAAUUUGUUUGAAACAUUACAAGGAGAUUUAGACUUAAACAGUCCAGGAUGGUUAACAGGUGAAACAAAGUAAGAGUUAACUCUGGUAGAACAGAGACUCAAAAAUGUUUAUGUGGGAGCAGAAACGCAGCCCCUGAAGAAAGGGAGGCAAAGUUUAGAACAGAGGCAGAAGGAACACCCAUUCAGAGCCUGCCCCACAUGUGGCCCAUACAUAUACAGCCACCAAACUAGAUAAGAUGGAUAAAGCAAAGAAGUGCAGGCUCACAGGAACCGGAUGUAGAUCUCUCCUGAGAGACAUAGCCAGAAUACAGCAAAUACAUAGGUGAAUGCCAGCAGCAAACCACUGAACUGAGAACGGGACCCCUGUUGAAGGAAUCAGAGAAAGGACUGGAAGAGCUUGAAGGGGCUUGAGACCCCAUAUGAACAACAAUGCCAACCAACCAGAGCUUCCAGGGACUAAGCCACUACCCAAAGAGUAUACAUGGACUGACGCUGGGCUCCAACCUCAUAGGUAGCAAUGAAUAGCCUAGUAAGAACACCAGUGGAAGGGGAAGCCCUUGGUCCUGCCAAGACUGAACCCCCAGUGAAGGUGAUUGUUGGGUGGAGGGUGCUAAUGGGGGGAGGAUGGGGAGGGGAACACCCAUAUAGAAGGGGAGGGGGAGAGAAUAAGGGGUAGGGGGAUGUUGGCCCGGAAACCGGAAAAGGGAAUGACAAUCAAAAUGUAAGUAAGAAAUACCCAAGUUAAUAAAGAUGGAAAAAAAGAACAGAAAAAAAUGUUUAUGUGGAUCUCAUAGAUCCUAAAGUUGAUUAUAUUUUGGUUACUUUGCCUUCAACUCAUUUUCAUUCAGGUAAUCAUGCAAAGGGAAGAUAGGAUUAUUGAAUAGACUUUCUUAGCACACAAAGUAAAAAGUUAAAGACUUAAAUAGAAAAAGUUUCUGGGGCUGGAGAGAUGGCUCAGCCGUUAAAGGCUAGGCUAACAACCAAAAAUAUAAGAAAAAGUUUCUGAUUUAAUUAUAGAAGGUAAGUAAGACUAUACCAAUUAUCAGGGAUACACCCAGCAGAAAUAGUAGUACCUUAUACUAAUAUUAAGAUUAUGGCUGUGACCAGAACUGACUGGGUCCCACAGCUCUCUGUACCCAGAUCCUGUGGGAGGGAAAGCUGGACACUUGGGGGCUGGGAGGAAGGUGCAGAUGAUCCUGAGAGUGCAGAGGAGACCACCAUUUCUGCUCAAAUUCCUAGCACAAGAGGAGCUUCCCUGGAGGCUUCUGGACGCAGGAACCUAGUAGCCAUGAAGGAUCCAUCUGGUUUCCACCUGCACCCAAACUGAAAGCCAGUCUCCAGCAGUGCUAACACACCAGAGAACAGAGGUAAGGUGACCCCUUUGGCUCUAAGGGACCUGCCUGGAGCCCUCAGAACACAGAACCCAGGAGCAGUCUGGGACAGGAUCCUUCCAGUUUCUGCCUGCACCCAGAGGUGACCUGGUCCCACAGCUCUUUGUACCCAGAUCCCCUGGGGGGAAGAGCAGGAAUCUCAGAGAUAUGGGCCAUCCCAGGAGCACAGGGAAGAUCACCACUUCUGCUGGCAUUCCUGGUCCAUGAAGAACCUGCCUGGAGACCUCAGGACACAGGAACCUAGGAGCAAUGUGGGAUAGGAUCCUUAUGGCUACUGCCUGCGCCCGGACCUGGCCCUGUGACACAGCUCUCUGGACUCAGGCCCUGCUGUCAGAAAGCUGGUCUCCAGAAGUGUUGACACACAGGCUUACAGGAGGGUCAAGCCACUGUCAGAGAUAGCAAAAAAAGCCACACAAGAGGCAAGGAGAUGGUGAAAAGCAAUCACAGGAACUUAAGCAACAGAAACCAAGACUCCGUGACAUUAUCACAGCCUAGUCCACCCAUCAAAGCAAAUACUGGAUAUCCCAACACACAAGAAAAGCUAGAUUUGUAUUUAAAAUCACAUCUCAUGAUGAUAUAGAGGAUUUUGAGAAGGACAUAAAUAACUCAAAGAAAUAAAGGCAAACACAACAAAACAGGUGAAGGAAUUGAACAAAACCAUCUAAGACCUAAAUAUAGAAAUAAAAACAAUAUAGAAAUCAGAAAGGGAGACAACCCUGGAGAUAGAAAACCUAGAAAAGAGAUCAGGAGUCAUAGACACAAGCAUCACCAACAGAAUAAGAAAAGAAAGAAUCUCAGAGGCAGAAGAUAACAUAGAAAACAUUGAGUAAGCCUUCCAAGAAAAUGCUAAAUGCAAAAAGCUCCUAACCCAAAACAUCCAGGAAGUUCAGGAUACAAUGAGAAGAUCAAACCUAAAUAUAAGUAGAGAAGAGCAUAAAAGUUCCCAACUUAAAAGGCCAGUAAAUAUCUUCAACAAAAUUAUAAAAGAAAACUUCCCUAGCCUAAAGAAAGAGAUGCCUGUAAACAAUCUAGAAGCCUACCGAACUCAAAAUUGAUUGAGUCAGAAAAGAAAUUCCUCCUCUCACAAAAUAGAAAAAACACCAAAUACACAAAACAAAGAGUAUUAAAAGCAGAAAGGGACAGAGGUCAAGUAACAUGAAGACAGAUCUAUCAGAAUUACACCAGACUUCUCUCCAGAGACAAUGAAAGCUAGAAGAUCCUGGGCAGAUGUCAUACAGACCCAAAGAAAAUACAAAUGCCAGGCCAGGCUACUAUAUCCAGCUAAAUUCUCAGUUAACAUAGAUGGAGAAACCAAGAUAUUACAUGACAAAACCAAAUUUACAAAAUACUUUUUCACAAAUCCAUCCCUACAAAGGAUAAUAGAUGGAAAACUCCAACACAAGGACGGAAACUACAGCCUAGAAAAACAAGAAAAUAAUCUUGCAACAAAUCCAUAAAAAGAGAACCACACAAACAUAAUUCCACCUCUAACAACAAACACAACAGGAAAUGACAAUCACUGUUCCUUAAUAUACCUUAAUGUCAAUGGAUACAAUUCCCCAGUAAAAAGACAUAGACUAACAGACUUUGUAAACAGGACCCAGCAUUUUGCUGCAUACAGUAAACACACCUUGGUGACAAAGACAGACACUACCUCAGAAUAAAGGCUGGAAAACCACUUUACAAGCAAAUGGUCCCAAGAAACAAGCUGGAUUAGUCAUUCAUGUAUCAAAUAAAAUGGACUUUGGACCAAAAGUUAUCAGAAAAGGUAAGAACACUUCAUAUUCAUCAAAGGAAAAAUCCACCAAGAUGAACUCUCAAUUCUGAAUAUCUAUGCUCCUAAUGCAUGGACACCUACAUCUAUAAAAGAAACCUUACUAAAGCUCAAAGUACACAUUGUCUCUCCCAGAGAAAUAGUGGGAGACUUCAACAGCCCACUCUCAGCAAUGGGCAGAUCAUGGAAACAGAAACUAAACAGAGACACAGAGGAACAAACAAGUUAUAAACCAAAUGGACUUAACAUUUAUAGAACAUCACAUCCUAAGACAAAAGAAUAUACAUUCUCAGCACCUCAUGUUAACCUUCUCCAAAACUGACCAUAUAAUCUGUCACAAAACAGGCCUUAACAGAUACAGGAAGAUAGAAAUAAUCCCAUGCAUCCUAUCAGAUCACCACGGACUAAGGCUGGUCUUCAAUUACAACAAAAACAACAGAAAGCCCACAUAUACAUGGAAGUUUAACACUGCUCUACUCAAUGAUACCUUGGUCAAGGAAGAAAUAAAGAAAUUAAAGACUUUUUAGAAUUUAAUGAAAAUGAAGGCAAAACUUAUGGGACACAAUGAAAGCAGUGCCUGCAAAAAAGAAGCAGGAGAGAGCAAACAUUAGCAGAUUGACAGCACACCUAAAAGCUCUAGAACAAAAGAAGCAAAUACACCCAAGAUGACUAGAAGGCAGGAGAUCAUCAAAUUCAGGGCUAAAAUCAACCAAGUAGAAACAAAAAUACUAUACAAAGGAUCAACAAAACCAGGAACUGGUUCUUUGAGAAAUUCAACAAGAUAGAUAAACCCUUAGAUAGACUCACAGGUAGAGUGUCCAAAUUAACAAAAUCAGAAAUGAAAAAGGAGACAUAAAAAUAGAAUCUGAGGAAAUUAAAAAAAAAUCAUCAGAUCCUACUACAAAAACCUAUAUUCAACAAAGGAACAUCUGGACGAAAUGGACAAUUUUCUAGACAGAUACCAGGAACCAAAAUUAAGUCAGGAUCAGAUAAACCAUCUAAACAGUCCCAGAAUGCCUAAAGAAAUCGAGGAAGGUAUUAAAAGUCUCCCAACCAACUAAAGUAUAUGACCAGAUGGGUUCAGUCCAGAAUUCUACCAGACCUUCAUAGAAGACCUGAUAUCAAAACUGUCCACAAAAUAGAACAGAAGGAAGACUAGCCAAUUCCUUCUAUGAAGCCACAAUUACUCUUAUACCUAAACCACACAAAGACCCAACAAAGAGAACUUCAGACCAAUUUCCCUUAUGAAUAUUGACGCAAAAAUAAUAAAAUUCUAACGAACCGAGUCCAAGAACACAUCAAAAUGAUAAUCAUGAUCAACUGAGCUUCAUCCCAGGGAUGCCCUUGGUCCUGCCAAGACUGAACCCCCAGUGAAGGUGAUUGUUGGGUGGAGGGUGCUAAUGGGGGGAGGAUGGGGAGGGGAACAUCCAUAUAGAAGGGGAGGGGGAGAGGAUAGAGGGUAGGGGGAUGUUGGCCCGGACACCGGGAAAGGGAAUAAGAAUCUAAAUGUAAACAAGAAAUACUCUGGGCUGGAGAGAUGGCUCAGCGGUUAAGAGCACUGACUGCUCUCCCAGAGGUCCUGAGUUCAAUUCCCAGCAACCACAUGGUGGCUCACAACCAUCUGUAAUGGGAUCCAAUGCCCUCUUCUGGUGUGUCUGAAGAAAACUACAGUGUACUCAUAUAAAUAAAAUAAAUCUUUAAAAAAAAAAGAAAAGAAAAGAAAUACUCAAGUUAAUAAAGAAAAAAAUCAAAUUGCUGGCUCUAAAUAUGUAGAAAAAUUGUAUUGUAUAUAAAAACUGCUAAGUUUAUUCCUGACAAUUCAAAAUUAUACUUGUUAUAUAUACAAUUGUAACGGGCAAUAUGAAAUAGAAACUAUCCUUUAAUAUACCACCAAAUCUGGCCUCAACAGGUUUGUCAGUCCCAUUGACACAAGGGAAUAAAGAAAUCGACCAAUUAUUAAUAGGAAAAAGUUCUAUCACCUACCAACAAAGGAAAUUAUAAGAAAAUGCCCUACUUAUUUUUUAUUUUUUUGUAACGAAACUCUAUCAUCCACUACAAGUCAAUAUAGGUUUACCAGAAAAGAUAAAAUAAAAUUUGGCAUAUGGAUGUAUUUCAUCUUGCAGAAUUUGGAAAAUGAAGUUUGUAUACCAUACCAUUGAUAUACACUCAGGGUUUUAAUGGUCAACUGGUUUGAGUUCUAAAAAGGAUGAUUCUGUAAUUACACAUUUACUGGAAAUAAAGGCUAUUAUGCACAUAUCUGUUCAAAUUAAGA